AUGUGCGACACGUACGACUUCCCGUGCCCCGACGGGCAGGCGUUGAGCCUCAAAGCGAGCAGGUUGGAGUGCCUCCUCGACGUAUGCACGAAGGACGACUACGGUGCGUGCUGCGCCCCGAAGGCCAGAUGCGACACCUUCCCCGGCACCUGCCCCGAGCACAAGACCCUGCGGCACGACGCGGCCGACGUCAUGUGCAACGCCUGCGGCUGCGAGCAGGAGACGACGACAAAGUGUGCUGUCGGAGCAUUUCCAACUGCGCCAGCUACAACGACAGCUGCCCAGCCAGGAGAUGGCGGUACGGCUGGACGCCGCGGAAGUGCCGUGCGCGCUGGACGUGUGCACCGAGGAGGCCGACCAGGAGGCGUGCUGCCAGGCGACGUGCGGGCGGUUCGACCCCGCUAUGUGCCCCGGCAACGAGGUCGUGCGGCACGACGGCGACUACAUCUGCAACAACGGCCUGGGGGACAAGUGCUCCGCCCACGAGUGCUGCCACCUGCGCGCGAGGUGUUCCACCUUCGAGUUCGAUUGAACCAUCCGGCGGCACGACGCUCUCAACGUCGAGUGCGCGACGGAUGUGUGCCGGCAGGAGGACGACGAGGACGUGUGCUGCCGGCCACGCCAGACCUGCAGCGAAAUGCCGACGCACGCCUGCCCGCGCCACAUGGUUCCCGGGCACACGCAGCGCAACGAGCUGUGUGUCACGGACGAUCGCUGUGGCACGCACAUGAGCGACAAGCGGUUGUGCUGCACGGGUGCGGCGAGCUGCGCGGAGUUCGUCAAUUUCACGUGCCCUCCCCCGCGCGUCAUCAAGACGAAUCUCGAGAGCCUGGAGCUCCGGGCUCAGAUGAGGAGGAAACGGAUGGACCAGGACUCCUGCUGCGGGCACGUGGCGCACUGCAUGACCCUGGACUGCCUGGACCGGGCGCCCCGCGAGGAGCCCAACGCCACGUGCAUGGCGUUCGAGUGCACGGAGCAGGAGAUCUCGAGCAGUGCUGCGUAGAGAGGCCCAACUGCUCAGAGUUCAACUUCUCCUGCGCGCAGGGCACGUCGCUGGCAUACCGCGCGGCCGAGCGCAAGUGCAGAGGCUCCGUCUGCCACCCAGACGACACCUCCCUGUGCUGCGUGGCGCGCGCGAGCUGCAGGAUGUUCCAGGGGUCGUGCCCCGAAGGCUCCAGCAUCUACGCGCAGGGGCUAUGCCAGCAGGAGAAAUGUACCGAUGAAGACAUGGAGCUGUGCUGCAUAGUCGAGCAGGCAGUGCUGGAGGGCCUCGCGCGAGUCUCCAACAUCGACUUUGAAAGGCUGGCAAACAAGUCGCUGACCUUCCGGCUGGCGGAGGCGGUGUGCGACAAGCUGGUCGUGGAGGGCUUGGAGUGCGAGGGCACCGUUGCGGCUGACCGCCUCGGCGGCUCGGUGCAGGUGAUGUUCGACAUAGACGUCUCUGGCGCGGACCAGCCCAUCAUCGCGGUCCAAAAGGAAAGGCUGAAGAACAAAGACGCGAUCGCGUUCGCGCUGAAUGCAGCGAUUGCGUAUACGGAAAUGUGGGAUUGCAAGAACGUUUCUGAGGAUCCCCUGGGCAUCCCUUUCUUGGCUGUGGCUGAAGGUCAGGUGGACCUGACACAUGGGGGCAUCUACUACCCCGCUAUUCUUGGCGCCCGGGAUGAGGAUGAUCAGUGGACUGUCCAACUGGCGUGGGGGGAGACCCUUACUGGCGUAUCUCCCGACGCCCUGCACCAUUUUGACAAGUCUGACUCAGACGACUAUUCCGAGGGCGACAGGGUCAGGGUGCUCGUGGCACUGGCCAAGGCGGCCAUGUGGGAAGAGCGGGGCAUCUCCCGGGAGCUGGCGUUCCGAAUCGCCGAGGACCAGGCGAAGGCACGCGUGCCCUGGAGCAGGUUGCCCGCCCACGCCUACGCGAUCUUGGCCGUCUCGGCGGCUGCCCUGGCCAUGCUGUGGUGGGCUAGAGGCUUCCUCGUGUUCGAGCUGGCGUCGCGCUCCCCUCCGACGGCGUCCUCGGCCGCGCUGCUGGCGGAGGACGCGGCCGAGGAGCCGGCCCGCCCGGGCGCGGAGACCACCCCUCGGCAGACGGCCCGCCUGGACGAGGAGACCCCUCACACCCAGGGGGCCCUCGAGCUGCCGCGCCCCAGCUCGGCGCGCCGGACGGCGGAGGCGCUGCCGCGCCCCCGCGCGGCCCAGCAGGCGGCCCGGCGGGCGGCGGGGGCCUGCCGCGCCCCUCGGGCGACGAGGGCUCGCCACCCCCGUCGGAGGCCUCGGGCUCGGAGGCGGCGUCCGCGGCGCAGGCCCCGCGCGCCAGCGGCUGGCGUCAGCGCGUGGCGAGGACCUUCUGUCCUGGAGGUGCGCGCCGGCCGCGCCUCGGCAGCGCCCGAGGAGCCCGGCCCGAUCCGAUCCUUCCGCUCCUCCGACUGCGUCUUCAGAUGCACGGUCGGACGUCGCGACCAUGGACACAUCCGUGCCACCAGCAGGCCCUCCACAGGCAUCUCCAGAGCAGGCAGUGGCGGUCGAUGCUGA